GCGCGCGGGCGAGGCGGGUGCUGCGCACCGGAGCUCACCGGGGCGCACAGCGGCGCGCUCGCACCGCGCUGCUCUUCCUAGUGGCAGCGGCCAGGGCGCUGGGCUGAGCAAGCGUCCCGGUUCCGGGGCUCUGAGAAAGGCGGCUGCGGCUCCUGAGCGCGGCCCCAGUCCGGCCACCUCUUUGCCAUGGCUCUGGCGGACAGCACACGAGGAUUACCCAACGGGGGCGGCGGCGGGGGCGGCAGCGGCUCCUCGUCGUCCUCUGCGGAGCCGCCGCUCUUCCCCGAUAUCGUGGAGCUGAACGUGGGGGGCCAGGUGUAUGUGACCCGGCGCUGUACUGUGGUGUCGGUGCCAGACUCGCUGCUCUGGCGUAUGUUCACGCAGCAGCAGCCGCAGGAGCUGGCCCGGGACAGCAAAGGCCGCUUCUUUCUGGACCGGGACGGCUUCCUCUUCCGCUACAUCCUGGAUUACCUUCGGGACUUGCAGCUUGUGCUGCCCGACUACUUCCCCGAGCGCAGCCGGCUUCAGCGCGAGGCCGAGUACUUCGAGCUGCCAGAGCUCGUGCGCCGCCUCGGGGCGCCCCAGCAGCCUGGCCCCGGGCCGCCGCCGCCGCACUCCCGGCGCGGGGUGCACAAGGAGGGCUCGCUGGGCGACGAGUUGCUGCAGCUGGGCUGCGUGGAGCCCGAGCAGCAGGAGGGCGCCUCGGCCGGGGCACCGUCGCCCACGCUGGAGCUGGCUAGCCGCAGCCCGUCCGGGGGUGCGGUGGGCCCGCUGCUCACUCCGUCCCAGUCGUUGGACGGCAGUCGGCGUUCUGGCUACAUCACCAUCGGCUACCGUGGCUCCUACACCAUCGGGCGGGACGCACAAGCAGACGCCAAGUUCCGGCGAGUGGCGCGCAUCACUGUGUGCGGCAAGACGUCGUUGGCCAAGGAGGUGUUCGGGGACACCCUGAACGAGAGCCGGGACCCCGACCGGCCCCCAGAGCGCUACACUUCACGCUAUUACCUCAAGUUCAACUUCCUGGAGCAGGCCUUCGAUAAGCUGUCCGAGUCGGGCUUCCACAUGGUGGCGUGCAGCUCCACAGGCACCUGCGCCUUUGCCAGCAGCACCGACCAGAGCGAGGACAAGAUCUGGACCAGCUACACCGAGUACGUCUUCUGCAGGGAGUGAGCUCCCCAGACCCCUCGCGACUCCAGCACCCACUUUCCCUUCUCCACGCAGGGGAGAUGAUUAUAGAUCCUCCUGACACACGUCUUCAGUCCCCUGGUUCCUUCCGCUCCCUCCAGUAGCUCGGCCAGACCUGUUAGACCCCCACUUAAGAAUCAGCAGCCACAAAUCCUCUGGGCUUCUUCAUCUUCUUUGAACCUCUCUAACCAAGAGCGCUCAGAUGUAACCCCCACCCCAUGUUUCCUCUACUCCGGGUCUCAAACUACCCUUCCCCCAGAUUGUACUUCAAUCUGGAUCUAGUGGCACCCACGGCGGGCGCCACAAAGUCACCGAGUACCUGGGAAUGAUUGAAUUGUUCAAAACCUGAUUGGACGGUGUUCAGUGUGUAGAAGAUUCACUGGAAUCUUCUCAAACUCUUUUGACUCACUCCGGGUUUAAGAUAUCAGAACUGUUGGGAUACUGUUUUAAAAGGUCAUUACAGUCUUUGGCCCUCUUAAAGGUAGAGUUGUGGAAAACUGAUAACUGAAUUAAGACCCCGUGGAGGCAAUUCGGUGACUGUAAAUUUGAAUAAGUUUUGAAAAGUUACAGGUAGAAGUAGAAGACUAGUGCUGGCACGGUGAUGGACCAGAUCUUUUCAACACAUAGUAGAAGAUCUUAAGCCUGUAGCUUGAACUUGUAGAAAGUGAUCCUCCUGCCUACGGGGGGCGCCCUUUCUCCUCUGCAUGUUGCCAGAGCCCUUGUUCCAUUGGCUGAUUCGGCAGUUCUAGGCAAGAGGGAAAAAGGGCGCUGCCUCAGAAGAGGCAAGACUGCCCAGGUCUCCAAGUGCAGCGGGAAUCAUCUGGCAGUGACAAAUGGAGCUGGGCAGGAGUGCACGUCAUGGGCAGUAGGACUGUACAAUCAUUAGAUCUAAGAUUUAGGGGGUGGGGAAGGGAGGGAGGUAGGAAAGGAAGGGUGGGAAGGGAGGAGCAGACAUAACUCAUUUAUUAUUUGGAAGUUGGAAGUUUGUACCGUCUGUUUGAGAACAUACACACUUAAAAAUAUCAAACAAUAAAUGCAAACUUGCAAAGCAAUUUAUCAAGAUUAGUAACAGAUCUACUCUUAACUAGCAGUUUAUUGAACUGUUUUGAGUCCUAAACUUAAAGUUGCUAAUAAGUAUAGAACUUAACCAAAGAGUUACCUAGUAGGGUUUUAGUUUUUGAACUUUUAUUUUCUUGUUGAUUAUAAAUCUUGUCUUUAAAAUGUAUUGAGCAAAAUAGGUUUGAUUUUGGUUACUUUGACUUAAGAUCUUUUAUUAAAAAUCCUCUUCUUUUCCAAGCCUAGCAAAUAUUUACUGCUGGGCAUACCUGAAAAGCAGAAAAAUGCCACUUCUUUCAUGCAGUCUGUUUGAAGUUAAAGUGGAAUCUUUUCAAGCAACAGAGCUGUAGAGAAGUAUAAGCACUGAGGGCUGCCCAUCUGUUGAUAGCUGUGAAAUGGGACAUCUUAAAUGAAGGCAGAUAAGUACUUAAAAAUGAGUUGAGCAAUAAAAUGGUGUUUUAGGUAAAUACAACAGAAACAGGAGACCUGGUUGCCUUAUGCCUUUACUCUCACAUGAAAUCAAUUCCCAGUGUGUAUCCUGUGUACACCCUAGGUGAAGGAAACAGAUCCUCAUCAUGCUUCAUGCUGUGAGGCAUCCUUUGGUUAUUCUGUGAUGAUGGAGAAGUCUGUGUUUUUGUUUGUUUCAGCAUUUUUCUCUGAAAUAUGUUUUUAAUAAUUUUGUAAGAGUAGUUUUCGGUGUUUAAAUUAGUGUUAUUUUUCCUUCUUUUAAAAAAAUGAAUCUUGUACUGUCUUGCUAUGUCCAUGACCGAUGUUAUAUGUUCAAACAAUUUUCUUAUUAGACUCAUAUGUGAUCCAAUCUGUAUAUACCAUAUAUAAACAUUUUACAUGAAUCAUUUAGUUUUUUAAUUCAUUUACUAAUGCUAUAAAAUUUCCUAUAUUUACCCCCAGUAACUUGCAUCAGAUGGUGUAUAUACUAUAGCAACAUGUUUUGAUGAGUUUCUUAUAUCCUUGUCUAUGAGGAACUUGGGUUAGGAAAAUAAUACAUAAUUGUGAAACUGAGUUUGCUUUGCUAGGACAUUAGUUGUAUACAAAUCACACGUCAGUUAACUGUCUACCUAAAAUCAAGGUACCUGCAUUUUUAAUCCAUGAAUUCUUUCAUUUUAAUUAGGAACACGAAAGACUUAUUUUCUUUUAUUAGUUUAAAAAAGUUUAGCUGUAUAUGCAAAGACUGUCAUUUUAAGAGGAAUAGAAGAAGAAUCCAGGAACUUCUGUUUGCAUAUAUGUUGAGUUUGUUCUCAGACUAGGUUAUACAUCAGAACUUGUCUUUGUUUCAAGCCUGAAAUGAUUUAGGAGUGUCACUCACUGGCCACAAGUGAUUGUCACAGAAAUUUCUCCACUCCUAUGUUAUUCUGUUAGAUUGCUCAACAAAAAAACACAUGAUUGAGAACAUCUUUAGGACAGAUCAUAAACACUGACAGAUGGAAAGACUUGUCAAUUCUGGUUUCCCUUAUCAAAUCUGCACAACUCCAAGAGUCAUGAGAAACUACUGAAGUUUUGUCUCUGCCAUUAAAGUCUUAAUGAAUUUUAUGUUCUAAAACUUUGAGCUGAACUAUUCCACUCUCUUACAUGUAGGUAUUUUUUUUUUUAUUACCCACUUCCCUUUGCUGCCCUGUAUCCCCUGCAUUAUGUUAAAGACUGGGAAUUUAAUGUUAGGGACAGUAAACCAACCUCUUUUUCUAGCAAUGACUGUGUCCUCUGAGGUUGACUUCAUUCUGUUGGGCAGAUGGUAUAACUGAGGUAAGAUGAGUGGGCAUGAGCACCUUUGGAUCCCUUUCUCUCCAUGUGCAUUAGGCUAUAGAAAGAGCUUUUAGGUCUACGAAGUGUUCUGGAAUGUUGGUCAACACUUACGAGCUUGAACAGGGUAUUGAGGGUCCAUCUGAAUAAACCCUCCAAAAGACAUGAUUUCAAUAACCUGGGAAUGUCAUAAACUAUUCAGAGAGUGAAGACUGCAUUAAUCUGACUCAGAGAGGCAUGCAUUUUCAUAUGUUGCUCUGUUACUGCUUGGUGUUCAUAAAUAUAACUGAAAAAACAUUUUUGCACCAAGUGUUUGACAUAUGUGUUUUUUUAUAUACAUUUUUUAAAAGAGGAAUUGAUGACAAUGGGGGUUAAAAAACAGGUACCAGGUUCCUUGUUUUUGCACCAACUGUUUGACCUAUCUGUUUUUUAUAUACAUGUAGACUAUGAGCCAUAUUCAUUCUAACAUCAUUUUUCAAAGGAUAUGUUGUGGAAAAUAUUCCUUGAAGGUGUGAGACUUAAAUUUUUUCCAUUUCAAUACUAUUUUUAUUCUUGUGUUUCUUAUUUGGUUUUUUUGGGCUGAUAGCAAAGUGGUAAUUUAUAAUACUAGCCAAAAUUAUCUUCUCUUUCAAACCAGACCCCUAUAUACAUAUACGGUCUGCUGCUUCUCGCAUAGUGUGCGAAUACUCAGACCCAUGGGCAACCGCAGUGCCCAUGACGUACUCUAAUUUUUAUUGGAAUUUUCCAUGGAAUGUUGUUAUUACAUUAAAGCCAUGUAAGGUGAAGCUUUGAUAAUUUUUUUACUCUCCAAUUAUGGUAAAUUCCCAUUUAAUAUUCAAAUUGUUUUUAUACUCCUAUAUGAAAAGGGUGAAUUACAAAGCAGACAUUUAGAAAUGUAUUGACUGGUGGGGUUGAAUUCCUUAAGAAUUUCUUUUUAUAGUCUAAUCACAUACUUGACACAAUUGACUUAAGUUUUUAAAAUACUAAAUAAUUUUUUUAUUGUAAAUCUAGCAGAGACAAUACUUUAGAAUUUUCCCAGUGUUUUUCCUUACUGUAAAUCAUUUAAAACCUCAAUCUUUUUUAGAUGAUGCAAGUCUGUCUCUUGAGAAAUGAAUAAAAUAUAGUAUUCUUAUUUCCAAAAUCUGUAGUACCUGAAAUAGGUUUUCUUAUAGCCUGAAACAAGUUAUGUUGAAGUUAACUUUUCUUUGUCAAGUUUUUGACAAUAAAAAUCUAAAUGUAUUAAUACUUGAGGAUUUAGAUUCUCUGCUGGGGCCCUUAAAACUUAGAUAGAUAAAAUUCAAACAAACUCUCUACAUUAGUGUAUAAUCUCAUGUGGUAGAAAGAUGGACUAUUUGAAGAAUUCUUGUCACUUACAUGCUUUGUGAUUUUUUUUCCAUGACAGUUUUUUUUUUUUUAAUUCUAAAUGUGUUUUAAAGUAUAUGGACAUUAAUUGUAAUGUAAACUAUUACACAACUAUCUUUGUGACUUUAUAGGCAGGUAAAUUUUGCUAUUGUUGAAUACAAAUGAGGAAAAUCCAUUUAUUACCUCCAUUAGUAAUAAUUUAAUGAUAAAAGGUUUAAACAUUCAUUAUGGGGGUAAAUUUAAAAAACGUAAACUAUAUGUUGUUGACAUUUUUCUGGGCAUCUGAAAAAGCUCAUUUGUCAAAUAAUGGAAGACCCUCACAGAGCUAUCCAGCAUUCCAAAACUGUUAAAAAUAUUAUAUGCUAAGUGGUAUAUAUCAUUUGAACUAUAUUAUCUCAGAAUAUAAGGGAAGAAGAAAAAAUAUAAGAUUAUCAGACUUUUCUAAUGAAACAAAGUCAAGAAAAAAAAUAUCUGUGUUAAAACAACAACAACAAAAACACACACUAAUGAAGUCUUUUCAGAGAUGCCCAAACUUGGAGAAUUUCUUCCACCAUCUAAAUAUAGUAGAGGUUUUUGUUUUCCCUGUUCACAACCAGUUGUAUAACAGAAAUACUCAAUACUGUUUUCCUCCCUGUGUGUGAAGUAAUGAAUCAUUGAUUAUUAAACUUAUCAUGUAUUCUAUUAAACACUAAAGAAUAAAACAUUCACUCCUUUA